UUUAUUACUUAAAAUUUCAAAGGUUACCCAGGUUGGUAAAGGAUCUCAAGAUGGCUGGACGGAAACUUGCUCUAAAAACCAUUGACCGGGUAGCUUUCGAGGAGAUCAUCCCCCAAAACCGGAAGGCCGUGACUAACUCCUUGAAGUCCUGGAAUGAGACCCUCACCUCCAGGCUGGCUACUCUGCCUGAGAAGCCACCUGCCAUCGACUGGGCUUACUCCAAGGCCAACGUGGCAAAGGCUGGCUUGGUGGAUGACUUUGAGAAGUUUAAUGCCCUGAAGGUUCCUAUACCAAAGGAUAAAUAUGCUACCCAGGUGGACGCUGAAGAAAAAGAAGAUGUGAAAAGUUGUGUUGAGCUUUUGUCUCUUUCAAAGACCAGGAUUCAGGAAUAUGAGAAAGAGCUGGAGAAGAUGAGGAACAUAAUUCCAUUUGACCAGAUGACCAUUGAGAACUUGAAUGAAGUCUUUCCAAAAACCAAAUUAGACAAGAAGAAGUACCCCUACUGGCCUCACAAGCCAAUUGAGAGCUUAUAAGCUCAAGUCUGGGAGAAAGCUCUGGCCCUCGAAUUAUAUACA